CCUCAGAGCUGUGAGAAGUUAGCAGUCGGCUGGCAGACUGGUCCGUAGCCACGAUGGAUGCAAUACCAUGCUUUAUGUUCGUCCUCCUGUUCGGGACACGGAUACAAGAACAGACCGCCCUCCAGUGUUACUGUGACCGCUGCAGUGCCAACUCCAGCUGCUCCACCGAUGGAGUCUGCUUUGUCGCCAUCCGUAAGUCCUUCGGCCGACUGACCACUGAGCAGCGCCAGUGUGUGCACGAAAACGAACUAAUCCCGCGGGACAGGCCCUUCAUCUGCGCCCCGUCCGUCAAACAAGACACCGGCAUUUACCCCAUGUGCUGUACCACAGACUUCUGCAACAAAGAACCUGACCUGGAACUCUUUCCUGUACCCACAGUGAAGACCCCUCCUCUGGGCCCUGUGGCUCUGGCAGCGGUGAUUGCCGGCCCCGUGUGUGUGUUCUGCCUGCUGCUGGUCCUGGCCUUCUAUGUCUGCCACAGCCACAGGGGUCUGGGGGCCGGCGGUGCAGGGGCCCACCACCACCGGGUUCCCAACGAAGAGGACCCAUCCAUGGACCACCCCUUCAUCACCGUGGGAACAACGCUGAAGGACCUCAUCUAUGACAUGACCACCUCGGGCUCUGGAUCAGGCCUUCCGCUGCUGGUCCAGAGGACUAUCGCCAGGACCAUCAUCCUCCAGGAGAGCAUCGGGAAGGGCCGCUUUGGGGAGGUGUGGCGGGGUAAGUGGCGUGGCGAGGAGGUGGCCGUGAAGAUCUUCUCCUCCCGUGAGGAGCGCUCCUGGUUCCGCGAGGCAGAGAUCUACCAGACUGUGAUGCUGAGACACGAGAACAUUCUGGGCUUCAUCGCUGCUGACAACAAAGAUAACGGCACGUGGACUCAGCUGUGGCUUGUGUCGGACUACCACGAGCACGGCUCCCUGUUUGACUAUCUGAACCGCUACACAGUCACCGUGGAGGGCAUGAUCAAACUGUCCCUGUCCACCGCCAGCGGCCUCGCACACCUCCACAUGGAGAUAGUGGGGACACAAGGGAAGCCAGCCAUUGCACACAGAGACCUGAAGUCCAAGAACAUCCUGGUGAAGAAGAACGGGACAUGCUGCAUCGCUGACCUGGGGCUGGCUGUCCGCCACGACUCAGCCACUGACACCAUCGACAUCGCUCCAAACCACAGAGUGGGAACCAAAAGGUAUAUGGCUCCGGAGGUGCUGGACGACUCGAUAAACAUGAAACACUUUGAGUCUUUCAAGCGAGCGGACAUCUACGCCAUGGGCCUGGUGUUCUGGGAGAUCGCCAGCCGCUGCUCUAUGGGAGGCAUCCAUGAGGACUACCAGCUGCCCUACCAUGACCUGGUCCAGUCGGAUCCAUCAGUGGAGGAGAUGAGGAAGGUGGUGUGCGAGCAGAAGCUUCGGCCCAACAUUCCCAACCGCUGGCAGAGCUGCGAGGCUCUGCGGGUGAUGGCCAAGAUCAUGAGGGAGUGUUGGUAUGCCAACAGUGCCGCCCGACUCACCGCUCUGCGGAUCAAGAAAACCCUGUCUCAGCUCAGCCAACAGGAGGGCAUCAAGAUGUAGACAUCCCUACCAAACACACACACACACACACACACACCUCAGACUGACAUCCAUAUCGUUAGCAUUACAGCAUUAUUAUCUUCAUUAUUAUUCAUUUGCUGUGCCCCCUUUGGUUCAAAGGGAACUGAAGACUUUUUUUUCUUAUCCCAUUUCCUUCAUUGACAAACUGAUGAGUCGUGAACAUGAGGAGGCGUGUGUGUGUGUUGCACUGUCCUGACGUGCACACAGGAUGGAUGGAUGGAUGGAUCUAAUGAGGAGGGCUGCGAGCCAUUAAAGCAUAUCCUCCAUCUUCCUCUGCUACAUUCAUCACAUGGAAACGCCUCCACCACUCAUCACAACCAAUAAGAGCUCAGAGCCCGUUAGGUUACCAUAAGUUCAGCCAGACAGCUGCCUGGCUGGCUCAUUGUAUAUCAGCAUUAAAGAGCUAAGCUACUCUUCGGCAGGGCUGCACCUCGCUCAUUUACAUCUUUGAAUCCUGGGGAAUGUCCUCCCACUGGAAGCAGUCCCAUGG